AUGAACUUUCUUUCCUGCUUGUUUCGUUGGCAAAAGGUAUCUUUCCAUUAUUGUUCCAACUCAUAUCAAAUUUUGGAGAAGCAAUCGACGUCUGAAAGCGCUGAUCGCUCGCAAAAAUCGUUUGCCGAUUUCUGCAAAGAAUGCGUCCCACCCUUUUGUAGCCUGAGCCCUGUCCUGUUCAAUGGCCACCUUCAAACUGCAUGGACUCAAUUUGACAUUGAGGAUAUUCCGGUCUAUUACAAACGCAAAUUGUUCGACUCCGAUGAUUCCUCUUACAGCGGACAGUUCUCGGUUGACUUUGUGGUACGCCCGUGCGUCGACAACCGUGUCGUUUCCCAGACCAAACCAGAUGCAGAGCUUCCAGCUCGUACGACCUUCUUUGAACCCCAAGAAGAGAUCGAUUUCAUAUCUACAGAAGAUUCCAGACCAAUUCUCCUUGUCCCUCAUGGGAUGUCUGGGGGAUCUCAUGAAACGUAUAUACAGCACGCCCUUGCUCCUCUUGUGACACACGAAGGAGGAUGGGAGGCCUGUGUCAUCAACUCAAGGGGUUGCGCCGGGUCCAAAUUGACCACUGGUCUUCUUUACAAGGCACGAUCUACUUGGGAUUUCCGGCAGGUCGUGAGUUGGUUCAAGGAGCAAUUCCCAAAUAGGCCACUUUUUGGAAUGGGCUUCUCCAUCGGGGCAGUCAUGUUGACGAAUUCUGAUAUGACAAUGAGGCAGUAUUUAGCCGAAGAGGGUUCAAAUUGCCCGCUCAGAGCUGCUGUUAUGGUCUCCAACCCAUGGAAGUUGGACUUUGCAUCACAUGCUCUCCAGCGGUCUUGGAUUGGAUCGGAAAUUUAUUCCAAAAUACUAGGUCACAAUAUGAAAAAUAUCAUCAAAAGAAACAAAGAUAUAAUUACACAAACACUAAGAAUUGACCCGGAAGCCGUCGAGAGAAUAAAUUAUGUUCAAAAUUUUGACCGCAGCGAGAUCCAGUGUCCAACAUGGGGCUAUCCGACAGAAGAUGCGUACUACCGAGAUGCUUCUUGUGUUGACACAAUGCUUGCUAUUCGAAUCCCAUUUUUAGCCAUUCAAGCCCUGGAUGAUCCGAUAGCUACCAAAGACGCAAUACCAUUUGCAGAGUUCAAUAAAACCCCCUUUGGAGUACUAUGUGUUACACCUGGUGGCGGUCACUUGGGUUGGUUUGAGGCCGGGACUACCAAUUUCCUCAACAAAUUGGCAAAGGAAGUGGAUCUGGAUGAAUCUAUCAAGCUCAAUAAAAACCUGGAUAUCGAGCCUCUGGUGAAAGGCGAGGCCUCAAAGGAACGUCUGCAAUUAUUCAAUCCACAAAGGCUGCAGCCGGGAAAUCUAAAAUUGAGAGCAAAACUCUGA